GCAACAGUAACUCUGACCAAUCAAAAAGCAUAUUUUAAUAAUUGGUACUAUGAUUCGUCAUAUGAAAUGUCAAUCUAGACUCUCACCGAAUAAGAAAACAAUGUGGAAGGCAAUCAAUGCCCACUGCGGUCUCUGCUUUGAUAGUGACGUGAGCAGGUGUGUGUCGCCAUUAUUUUAUCAACCGGUUCAUAGUAACCUAUUGCCUUAUAAUUGUGAUAUAAAAAAUGAUUUCGAUUGUUUUUUUUUCUCCAACAUAGGACUUUGAUAUUUUUGCAACAACUACAGUACUAUAGGAUAUAACUAGCUAACAGUUUCUCGUUAGCUUGGCUGACUGACUGACUGGCCGGCCAUCUAGCUAGGGACAAGGCUUGCAAAAAUCUAGCAUAAUCUGUCAUUUUUGUUUUAACAUAGCAGCAAUUCGGCGUGUUAAGUAGUUGGUGAGGUUAGCUAACUAACUAGCUGUCAACUUGCCUUUUGGUUAGCGAAUAUCCUCAAGCCGGCAGAUCACGACAUUAUAGUUACGUUAACCGGUGGUGGCUACAUAGGUAGUAGCUGACAAACGGAUAUAAGUAGCUACAGUAGCUUGUUAGCAAAUCGUAUUUCCACAAGGAUUCAAAAGUAGUUUGUAGUUGGAGUCUACUGAUACGGAGCUGGCAACAUCAUUCAAGUUUGCAAGUAGGUGGCCAAGCCUGACAAGAUGUCAGAGGGAGAAGGGAAGCAGGCGUCGGACUCUGUCCAGGAGGGGAAAACAGAGGCUAUGGUCUCUGCCCCCACUGGUCAGAGCGUGUCAUCCGUGUCCCCCCCAGUGUCCACUGUGACACAGCCCCCUGCCACAGCAGCGACAGAGGACGAGGAAGAGGAGAGCGAGGACGAGUCAGAGAUUCUGGAGGAGAGCCCUUGCGGACGCUGGCAGAAACGUAGAGAGGAGGUGAACCAGCGCAAUGUCCCUGGGAUUGACAACGCCUACCUGGCCAUGGACACCGAGGAGGGCGUGGAGGUGGUGUGGAAUGAGGUCAUGUUCUCAGAGCGGAAGAACUUCAAACUGCAGGAGGAGAAAGUCAAAGCGGUGUUUGACAACUUGAUCCAGUUGGAGCAUCUGAACAUUGUCAAGUUUCACAAGUACUGGGCUGAUGUGAAGGAAAAUAGGGCCAGGGUCAUUUUCAUCACAGAAUACAUGUCUUCAGGAAGCCUGAAGCAGUUUCUGAAAAAGACCAAGAAAAACCACAAGACGAUGAAUGAGAAGGCCUGGAAGCGCUGGUGUACACAGAUACUGUCUGCUCUCAGCUAUCUUCACUCCUGUGACCCUCCCAUCAUCCACGGCAACCUGACCUGUGACACCAUCUUCAUCCAGCAUAAUGGUCUCAUUAAGAUUGGCUCAGUGGCCCCAGACACCAUCAACAACCAUGUCAAGACCUGUCGGGAGGAGCAGAAGAGCCUGCACUUCUUUGCUCCCGAGUAUGGAGCUGUUGCAGACGUCACCACUGCAGUGGACAUUUAUUCCUUUGGAAUGUGUGCCUUAGAGAUGGCUGUACUGGAGAUCCAGAGCAACGGCGAGUCGUCGUACGUGUCCCAAGAAGCCAUCAACAGUGCCAUUCAGUUCCUGGAGGAUCCGCUGCAGAGGGAGUUCAUCCAGAAGUGUCUGGAGCAGGACCCCAGCAAGCGGCCCACGGCCAAAGAGCUGCUGUUCCACCAGGCCCUGUUUGAGGUGCCCUUGCUGAAGCUGCUGGCAGCGCACUGCAUCGUCAGCCACCAGCACAUGAUUCCAGAAAAUGCUCUAGAGGACAUGACGAAGAACAUGGACCUCAACCUGGUGAUCGUGGAGUGCAAGGACGGAGUUCAGAUGAAGCUUUCCCAGUUCCCUGCUCUGGAGCUGGACAAGUUCCUGGAAGAUGUGAGGAAUGGGAUCUACCCGCUGACAGCUUUUGGGGUGCCCGGCCCCAAGCAGCCAGAGCAGGAAGCAGUGAAGUCCCCCAUCGUGCCCCCAUCAGUCAAAAGCCCCACCCCCGAGCCUGCAGAGCUGGAGACCAGAAAGGUCCUACAGAUGCAGUGCAACAUCGAGCCUGUUGACGAGGGCGCCAAACAUCACCUUACGCUGUUGCUGAAACUUGAGGACAAGUUGAACAGGCACUUAAGUUGUGAUUUGUUACCAAAUGAGAACGUGCAGGAGCUGGCCGUGGAGCUCGUUCAGCUGGGAUUCAUCAGCGAGGGCGACCAGCCACGACUCGCUUCGGUUCUGGAAGAGGCCUUCUCCAAGUUCUACAGCCGGAACGGCUUCUUGAAUCCGGUCACCGUCUCCUCAUAGCAGAGGAGCCUCACCCCCCCCCCCUCUCUCCUCAACCAUCCCCCUCGUUCUCAUCCUCUCCCACAGGACUUCGGUGUCCCUGCCUUGGCCUGUCCCUGCCCCCCCCACUAGGUGUUUUAGUCUUUUUGUACUUAUGCUUCUAUUUUAUCUUGUGUAGCCAUUUGCUUCUCUGUUUUAAAAGAAGAAGAAAAACGACUCGGUUGUCACUUUAGUCAGUAUUAUGAGCUAUAUUAUGAACGUUUUUAAGGAGUUUUUACGCAAAACUGUAUGCGAGCGACAAUAUCUUCGGUCUCGUGUACUCAGAUGUACUUAUGCAUGGUGCUGUGUGUGGGCGGAGUCUGGUUGUGAUUGGUCCUCUUAUCUACUUUCUCUUUCUCCCACCGAACCAGGCGUCUUCCUUUGAUGCAUCAGAAGAUGCGAGUGUCAAUGUCCCCCCCC